AUGCCGAACGACAGGCGCACACGGGAUAAGUUUUCACUCACCUCUCAUGCCGAACGGCAAACACGCGGUGGUCGAGUUUUCACUUAUCUCCCCUGCCGAACGGUGGCACAUAGUGGUCGAGCUUUCACUCACCCUCAGCUUAUAUUGCCGUUCCCUUCCAAUCUUCCAACCUCCCCUCUUGCUUGGGGACUUGGGGGACUACAUGAUCACCAUCAGCAUGAUCAAACGACGAAAGACGCUUGUACCCGAGUCAGAAUGCCGGAGCUCAGUGACAAGCAAGUCUCCAACCAAGAAGUCCCUCCUCGAUCGGAAACUUGGCGGACUCCUAUUUGUACCAUAUCUGACCCCCCCACUCACGUCUUAACACGUGGAAAAAUCUGCACGGCCAGACCAGCUCAGUGA